GAUUCAUCCUACAACCUUCCUCUAAUGAUACCAACUUUGGGGUUGCCUUUAAAGACCAAGGUGUACGCAGCUGUGAAAGCUACAAAUCUGGAUGGAAGAUGGCACGUGUUCAUGGAUUAUUGUUACACCACUCCUUCUGGUAAUCCAAAUGAUGAACAUAGAUAUGACCUUUUCUUCAGCUGUAAUAAGGAUUCACAAACAACAGUUAUAGAAAAUGGCAGGAGUCAAAUGGGCAGAUUCUCAUUUGAGGUUUUUCGCUUUGUAAAACAUAAGAACCAGAGGAUGUCUCCAGUAUUCUUGCACUGUGUGACGAAGCUUUGCAAGUCAGACGAUUGCCCAUUCUUGACACCAGAUUGUUACAAAAGGAAACGAAGAGAUUUAAUGGAAGUUACUACUUCCAUCCCUCGCAGCUCCACGGGUAAUGCAGUUAUCACCGCCGGGCCUAUUAUCACCAGGAGUGAAAGUGAUGACACAACAGCAAACAAAUCACAAGUUGGAUACAUGGGAAAAUCUGCCUUUCAUUUCAACUCUGCGACAAGUGCAUUAGUUUCUGGAAUUGUUAUUCUCGGGGCGAUGAGCAUUUCCUUUUUUAUCACGUCAGUCAUUCUCAAUAGGAAGCUGAAAACUGAUCAUGCUCGUUCUGGAAUCCGAAACCCUGUUUUUAACUAGCUAGCUCGGAACACGUCUACUUUAUCUACAUAAUGCAGCUGAUAUUAUACGGCAAUAAAUUAUGAGAUUUCCUUUACGAAUAUAGCUUAGGCUUAUGAUCCUUAUCACACAAAUUAGCUCCCUAGAAGUCUACUAGAACUAUUUGUAAUUGUAUUUACAUUUCUUACCAUAGUACAGUAGCAGAUAAGAAAAUGAUUCCCCAAAAAUAUUAAGUUAUAUUUUGAAGGAAGUGUCUUAUUUCUUUGGUAAGAUCUGGAUUGGGAA